AUGAAACAAUCCAUUGCAAGUGUUAUCCUUGGGCUAGGGGGCGCCAUAGCCUCUUCUCUACCCGUACAACUACAUACCAGAGGGUCCCUAACUUCUCACUUAACAAAUAUCUACGUGAAAUUUGAUCAAGCGUCAGAGGGUCCUUUGUCAUUCACUUAUGGCCUUUGCAACAGCAAGUCUCGUUCUGAGUCCCACUACACGAUAGCCGUCACCGAAAACAAAGGUGUCUCUCGAUUAGUCUGGAUCAUCCCAGAUGAUUCACACGACAACGGCUGCAUUUCAGCAUGGACAGAAGAUAAUGUUCUCGUGGGACGCAGUGAGCCCCAAAGGCUUCAUCGUGUCAGGCGUCGGAAUAUUCAGAAGCGGGCAACAGAUGCAAUCCUCAUGAAUGCCGAUAAUGGUAUUGAUACAUUGGGACCAUGGUUCGACGGCGUUGAGCAUCUCUCCAAGACCGGCCUCUCUGCACUCGAUGCCGACGCUGCCAAAGAGAAGCAGAUUGCCAUUGUUGGUGCGGGUAUGUCAGGCUUGAUGACCUACCUGGUUCUGUCACAAGCAGGUAUGACCAACAUCAGUAUCAUUGAAGGCGGUAAUCGGCUUGGUGGCCGCGUUCAUACCGAGUAUCUCACCGGCGGACCUUUUGACUAUUCUUAUCAAGAGAUGGGACCCAUGCGAUUUCCCUCCACUUACAAGAGUCCUGAGACCAACGAGACAAUGAACAUCACGGACCAUCAGCUGGUGUUUCAACUUGCAGAAGAGAUGAACAAGCUCAACAACCACGACAAGAACCUCAGUGUUGACUUCAUUCCAUGGAUCCAGAGUAGCCUAAACGGCCUCUCGUACAAGAACGAGUUCAAACUGCCAAGUGGACUACCCCCAACGCUAAAGGAAAUUGCAGGUAAUGCAUCACUCAGUCCUGCAAGUGUCAAUGACCCUAUGACCCAAGACCUCCAGACCAAGGUUGAUACAUUCAUGCCUGGCUCGGAGUUCAGCACUCUUAUGGCAAAGAACAUGUUCAAAGCCCAUAAGCAGUGGCUCGAAACUGGUCUCAAUGGCCUUGGUGGUGAUCAAUGGUCGGAAUAUGCAUUUAUGGUCAACUACUUGAAGGGUAGCCUUAACAGCACUGACAUGAAUGGCGGCUGGUCUGCCUCUAGCUUUUGGGAUUCGCUAUACGAGGGAAUGUAUUUCUCAGCCGCCAGCUACAAGACCAUCGACGGCGGUCUCAACAGGCUUCCUUUGUCGUUCCAUCCUCUUGUCGACAACAUUACAACAAUGGAGCGCAAAAUUGAGCGUGUCAGGUAUAGCGAGACCGACGAGAAGGUCACAUUGCAAUGGCGUAACGAGUACAACAACACAACAUUCCAGAACUCAACUUUCGAUUACGCUGUCAUUGCAGUGCCCUUCUCCGUUGUCCGAAGGUGGCGUCUUCCCAAGCUCCCCGCAACGAUCUCCAACGCCAUCAAGGAGUUGAACUAUGGAUCCGCUUGCAAGGUUGCGCUUGAGUUCUCUGAGCGCUUCUGGGAACACUAUGAGAACCCAAUCUACGGCGGUUGCAGUACAACUACGGAUAUUCCGGGCAUUGGCAGUAUCUGCUAUCCAUCCUACAACUUGAAUGGUACAGGCCCUGCUACCAUUCUGGCAAGCUACAUCAGUGGUGACAUGGGAGUUCGGUUGGCAAGCAUGUCCGAGGAAGAUCACGUCCAGAUGGUCCUUGAUGCCAUGGUUGAGAUUCACGGAGAGUUCACUCGGGAUCUUUAUACCGGAAAGUAUAACAGAAGAUGCUGGGCGCUUGACCCUCUUGAAUCGGGAAGUUGGGCUAGCCCGACUGCAGGACAGCAUCAACUCUAUAUACCCGAGUACUUCAAGACAUACAACAAGAUGAUCUUUGUUGGCGAGCAUACCUCGUAUACUCACGCUUGGAUUGCCUCGGCUUUAGACUCGGGUAUCCGUGGCGCAGUCCAGCUUUUACUAGAACUUGGGCUCGUUGACGAGGCAAAACAGGCGGUGGAGAAGUGGAUGGCGAGAUGGAUUGAAGUGUAA